AUGAAUUUCCUGUAUCGAACUUCGCAGCCUGCGGCACCUGAGUUGCCAAGAAUUUCAGAGCAAGAUGAUCAUAGUGAUUCCUUACAAAAGCCAACUAUGACACUGGAGGGUCUCAUCGCAGAUGAUCCACACCAGCCCUCCUCCGCCCGCAGUGAAGAUGGAGAUGCUAAUAAUGGUUCCGGGAAUAUCAGCAGAGAUCCUUCAUCUCUAGAUUCGAAAAGUCCAGUCCGGCCAUGGACACAUACUGAUGUCGCGGAGGACGAAGGGUGGAUCACAAUUCCAUACAAGGCACUUCCUGAAAGUUGGAAUGAUAUUUCAGAAAUGGUACAGUUGCAGGCUCUGGACCGUUCCUUCCUUUUUCCUGGCGAGCAGGUUCAUAUACUAGCAUGCCUGUCAGCUUCUAAGCAAGAUACGCAGGCUAUAUCCCCCUUUAGAAUUGCUGCAGUGAUGUCUAAGAAUGGAAAUUCUUUGCAAAACUCUACAAAUAAAUCUAGCCCUGUCAGUGCAAAUGGUCAUGAUAAUGGAGAAGCUGGAGAAAGUGGCUAUCAGGAUGUGGAACUCAAUGGUGAAGGCUGUCCUUCAGAACAUGAUAUUUUGGAGACUCAAUCUCUCCUUCAGAUGGAAGAUCAUAAGAAGCAAAUAGAACAUAUGUUGCAAAGAUUCAAAGAAUCCAAUUUUUUUGUCCGAAUUGCAGAGUCAGACGAACCUCUCUGGUCCAAGAAAAGAGUAACUGCAACUACGACGGCAGAGGACUGGUCAGAUAUCCAGGGCAAUAGUAAGACCUCAAGGAGUAAUGUUUACAAUACCAUUUCUGAUAAAGGGAUUUUUUAUGGUAGUACAUCUGGGGGAGUCGCUCGAGAUACUGUGAAGUGUUAUUAUCUGCAGAAUGGAGACAUAGUGGCAACAUUUCCUCUAAUGGCUUUACUAACUGCUGUGAAGUAUAUAUAUCUUUCCACUUAA